AUGCACGCCCACCGCCUCCCCGGCCUCUUCCUGCACGUCUGGUGCGCCCUGCUCCACGCGGGCGCAGCCACGCUGGCCCCGGUGUCCCCCGACACGCGAGGACAGCCGUCGUCGCCGUCCCCGCUGGCAUAUAUGCUAAGUCUGUACCGAGCUCCGCUGCCCCGCGCCGACAUUGUCCGCAGCCUGCAAGCUCAAGAUGUGGAGAUGGCCGGGCAGCGCUGGGCCUUUGCUUUUGACUUCUCCUUCCUGAGCCAAGAGGAGGAGCUGGAGUGGGCUGAGCUCCGGCUGCAGAUAGCACGACCCAUCACCCUUCCUGACCAUGGCCCGCUCUCCAUCGAACUCUUCCACCAGUCCAAGGUGGCCGAAGGAGAGGCCCCAACUGGCUGCCCACAGCGCCACCGUAUGGACCUGUUCUCUGUACCCCUGUCCCAAGUGACCUUCACUCCAGGAAGCCUGGUCUUGGAGGUCACCAGGCCACUCUCCAAGUGGCUGAAGCAUCCAAGGGAGCUGGAGGAGCAGGUGACCAGCCUGGCCGGAGAGUGUCUGCUGCAGCCUCCCUCUCCUGCUGUCCCCAACGCCACCUCCACCGCCAACGUUCUGCUUCUGCUCUAUUCCAACCUAUCCCCAGAGCAGAGGCUGCUAGGUGGCUCCACUCUGCUCUGGGAAGCCGAGAGCUCCUGGCGCGUCCAGGAAGGGCAGAUCUGGCGAGACCGAGGCCGGAGGCAUCGACGCUAUCACCUACCAGACUCGAGCCAGCUGUGCAGGAGGGUCAAGUUCCAGGUGGACUUUAACCUGAUUGGGUGGGGGUCCUGGAUCAUCUACCCCAAGCAGUACAACGCCUACCGCUGCGAGGGCGUGUGCCCCAAUCCUGUGGGAGAAGAGUUUCAUCCCACCAACCAUGCCUAUAUCCAGAGUCUGCUGAAGCGGUACCAGCCUCACCGGGUCCCAUCCACUUGCUGUGCACCUGUGAAGACAAAGCCUCUGAGCAUGCUCUAUGUGGACAAUGGCCGGGUCCUCCUGGACCACCAUAAGGACAUGAUUGUGGAGGAAUGUGGCUGUCUCUGA